GGACGGUGGGCUUAGUCACCGACAGCGCUGUGUGUUGUGUGGACGGUGGGCUUAGUCAUUGGCAGUGAUGUGAUUCUGCUUAGUCACUGCAUGGCAGUGCGAGGGAUACGUGGGCACUGGGGGCAGAUGGGCUCAGUCACUGGCAGUGCUGUGUUCUGAAUGAUCACUGGUAGUGAAUGGUGUGAGAGCAGCAUAGUCAUAGUGCACUGGGCAAUAGGGCUUAGUCACUGGCAGUGCCCUGGGAUAGGGGAUCACUCCCUGGCAUUGCCUUGGCAUAGAUUUCUAGGCUUCCAGGACAGAAAUCUUAGUCACUGGCAGCAGUGUUUGUGCCGUUGAGUGUCAUCACACAUCUUCCUCUCUGCGGCCAUGGCAAAAUUAGAGUCCAGAACUGUCCUGAGCGACACAGUCUACCAGAGCCAAGAGUCUUUUCACUCUUUCGCCAGCCGUUCUUCAGACUCUCCCUCCCAGGGCACUAUGGGCAGUGUGGGCAGCGGGGUUGCCAACGAUCAAGAAUUUGCAAUGAAGAGCGUGGGAACCAGAACUCAGAACAGCAUCAAGCAGAACGACAGCUUCAGAAAUGGCUACUCCAACCGAUACUCGGGGGAUGAGAAGAGCUACAAGACGGAGAAAAACUCCAUGUAUAUAAAUGAGCAACGCAAGAGCGAAAAGGUGAGACAUCAUGAGAGCAAUGAGCCUUUGGUGAGACCCUCUGCCUUCAAACCAGUAGUUCCGAAGAAUUUCCAUUCCAUGCAGAACUUGUGUCCACCAGUGAACAACGGAGUCACCGAGAAUCGAAAGGGCUCUGGUCAUGGGAACAGCAACAGUCCAGCUGGCUUGAAAUGCAGCAUGGAGAAGACCGGCCACAAUAGAUCUUCCAACCAGGUGGGAGGUCUGUCUGAUUCUGGUCGCAACUCUUUGACCAGCCUACCAACAUAUGGGACUGGAUACAGCCAGCAUGUUGGCCCAAUGAGCGCGUCAACAAGCCAUAUAAAUCGCAUCGGGACUACCUAUGUAGAAAAGAAUAUAGUUGGGUACAAUGGAAUUUCUACCUCAGAUAGUGGACGAUCUUCCAGCAAAAGCGCCUCUUCUUUUAGCAGACUCAACCAUCUCAACGAGGCCUUGCCUUUCCAUUCACCUUCGAGCGAUGACAUCAUCCAAGACCUGGAGGAUCGCCUGUGGGAAAAGGAGCAAGAGGUGAUACAGAUGAAGAGGAACUUAGAUAAGAGCGAGGCUGCUAUUUUUCAAGUCUUCGAAGAGAAGCAGAAGAUCUGGGAACGGGAAAUGGAGGACUUGAGACAGAAUUACGCCAACAAGCUUCAGCAGGUGUCCAAAAAAGCCCAACGCGCCCAACAAGCGUUACAGCUGCAGAUAUUCAAGCUCCAGCAAGAAAAGAAAAAGUUUCAAGACGACGUCGGCCAAUUGCUACAAGAAAGGGAGGAACUGGAGAAAAAGUGCAUGGUGUUUAAGAAAGAACAGUCCGAAUUCCUCCCAAAAAUUGAGGAAACCAAGUGGGAGGUUUGUCAGAAAGCUGGGGAGAUAUCACUUUUGAAACAGCAAUUGAAAGAUGCCCAGGCAGAUAUUGCCCAGAAACUCAAUGAGAUAGUUAGCCUUAGAACACAGCUAAAAGAAGUCAAGGCCUUGCUACGGGAGAAAGAGGAGCAGAUCGCAUCCAUUAAAGAUUCCUAUAGCUCGAAAAGUGUCAGUCUGGAGAUCUGCGAGAAUGAAAUGCAGAGAAAGCAGAGCGAAGCCCAGCACAUGAAGGAGAAGCUAAGUCAAUGUGAACAGGAGAUCGCAGGUCUGAAGGAAACCUUGUCAGAUCUCGGUCAGAACCCGUACACCAUGGAUCUCAGUGAAAAACUGAGGGACACUCUGGCCUGCGAGAGCGAUGAGGCCAAGAUGAAACGUCAAAACGAGGACAGUGUGGGCACCCUUAAGAAGGAUAUGGAGAAUCUCCAGAUGGAGUUGGCUUUGGAGAGACAACAGCGGGAACAGCAGGUGGUGGACUUUGAGGAAGAGCGACGUACGUGGCAAGAAGAGAAAGAAAAAGUCAUAAAGUAUCAGAAGCAGCUGCAGCUGAACUAUGUGGAGAUGUAUCAGAAAAACCAACAACUGGAGCAAAAGAUCAGUGAGGUCACCACAAAGGCCACCACGCCGCCAGCAGAAGACAAGAAGCCUUGGACGCCAUCAAGGUUGGAGAGGAUAGAGUCCACCGAAAUAUAAGGACAACUGACUUGAGUGUACACAGCUAGUUACUCACUGUGCAUGUGCUACCUACUCCAGCCCAUGGUAUCAGGAAAAGACCUAACAGAGUCUAACGGGACCAUUGACUCCAUCCAAGACGACACUGAAGGACUCGAUGAGGUGUCUCAAGUGCUUGCUGUAAUCUAACUGCAGAUGAAACAUUUAUGGUAUACGGUUUGUUAUGCCGCCAAUGAUGCUAUAUGUCUGUUUUCUUUUCCCUUGCACCUUCACUUCCCUCUGACUGCCGGUUCGGAAAGGUGUGUUACAUUGUUGUAAUGUACCGCUGGGCAGUCAAUGGGAAGUGCAGUGUUGUGACUGUUACCAGUCCUUAAUCCUUAAGGACUCAUAGAAAAAGAAAAGGUCAAAGUGACUUGGAUUCUGAGUUUAUUUAGCCAUAUUGGCUAGCAAAGGAAGUUCUGCUGUGCAGUGAAAUCUAGCAACCUUUAAUAUACUUCCCACCGUUUUAGGCACUGUUUACUGUGAAUUAUCCCCAAAAAGGUAUUUCAAGGGAUGGUAGUAAGUGUUCUUUGUUAGCAGGUAGGUUUUUCCUCUAGUAUUACAUAACAAUAUGUUUCGUAAGUCUGAACGACUGAUAACUUUACUGACCGUGAGAUCAUUUACCAGUCCGUCUGUUGUCCCCAUGAAGGUUGGUGUUAAAGGGGUACUCUGCUUCUCAGCGUUUGGAACAAACUGGAGCCGGUGCCGGGAGCUCGUGACGUCAUAGCCCCACCCCCUCAAGGCAAGUCUAUUGGAGGGGGCGUGACGGCUGUCACGCCCCCUCCCAUAGACUUGCAUUGAUGGGGUGUGACGUCACGAGGGGCAGGACUAUGACAUCACGAGCUCCCGACUCCAGCGUUCGGAACAGUUUGUUCCAAACGCUGAGCAGCAGAGUAGCCAUUUAAGAUUAUAACUAUUCUAAGAAGGUUUUAAAUUUUUUAGGCAUUUUUUUGGUUUCCCUGAACAUUCUUGUACCCUGGGCUGGACAUAAGCCAGAGAAAUCUGACAUGUAUAGCUAGGUGUUUAGGUUUUUUUCUUGAAGAAAUAGUCCCUGAAAAUUCAGAUGAUCACAGAGAGUCCCGAGCGAUCAGUGCGCACAUUUUUUCCCCCGGAGAGAUAGAUACUGUUUGUAGCUGUUUUCUCUUUGUACGAUAAUGGAUGUUCUAAAUGGGACAGGUCAAGUUUAGAAAACCCACAAAAUGUAGAAAAUGUUAACAAAUUUCUGAUGUUAUAGAGUGGAAUCCUUUAUUCAGUAUCUAUAAUUCUUGGUGGAAUUGAGAGCAGCUGCAAAGAGUGUCUCUUUCUCUCACUCUCUCUCUUUCUCAUAGAGGUACCUCUAGGUCAGGAUCUGUGUUUUGGGGUGCCCUACUAUGCCAUAUAACAGGUGAAUAACAUCCUUUAAGGGGUUGCCUCCUCACGGGAAAAACCCUUUACUAGAAACCCCCCCUAAGAUAGUAACUUUAUUAGUUAAUGAUUAAAAUAUACCCCACACAACGUUUAAAAUUCCAACAGCUCCAAGGUGGUGUUUCUCUGCAGAGACAAUACCACUCUCUCUAUAAUGGGACACUUAUUUAGACCAGGUCAAUGCUUAUAAUCUGUGUGCUUCUACUACAACACACAAUUGCACCUGGUGCCGGGUCCCUAUUUUUAUUAUUAAGCCACCUUUAUGCACGCUGUAUUAAAACACCUAACUACUAGACUCCCCGACGUUUCGCUGACGAAUCAGCUUUGUCAAGGGUAGUGAGGCUAAUGCGUUCACAAACGCCGUCUGCCUUCUUUUAUGAUGUACUAUUGAUGUAAUUUCCGUCCUUAUUCCACCAAUCAGUGUGUCCCACGUAAUACAUCACAUCUCUCGCACAAACUAAAAUGACCAAAAGGAGAAUUUUACAUCCAGACGUAUCUUCGCCUGCUUCGCGAGACUCCGGUCACCUGAUCUAGUAAAGGGUUUUCCCCGCGAGUGGGCAACCCCUUAAAGGUUGUCAAUGAUUGAUUUGCCCUGUAACCUCCAGGGACAUUCUUUUGAAUUUGGUAUAUGACCAUAUUACAGGUGAAACUCGAAAAAUUUGAAUAUCAUGCAAAAGUUCAUUUAUUUCAGUACUUCAACUCGUCUGCGGAAGGAAGCAUGAAGUGCUCCAAAAUCUCAUAGUAGACGGAUGUGUAGACCCUGGACUUAAGGAAGCCCAGUGGACCAACACCAGUAGAUGACAUGGCUCCCCAAAUCAUAGUAAUUGGGGGGGGCUUUGGGAUUUUCAUGAGCUGUAUCCAUAAUCAUCACAAUUAUGACAAAUCACGGCUUGAACUAUCUUGCUUUGCAUGUAAUGAGUCUAUUUAAUAUAUUAAUUUCACCUUUUAAGUGGCAUUACUGAAAGAAAUUCAAAUUUUUCAAUUUUCACCUGUAAAUGGAAGUAACUUUCGGUCACCAUUCAACGAGCUAUGUUUUGGGGUUUCCAUGCCAUAUUACAUAGGGGUACCUAUAGGUCACUAUCUAAGGAGAUAUGUUUUGGGGUUUCUGUGCCAUGCCAUAUUAUAUAGGGAUACUUCUAGGUCACUAUCUAAGGAGCUAUGUUUUGGGGUUUCUGUGCCAUGCCAUAUUAUAUAGGGGUACUUGUAGGUCACUAUCUAAGGAGCUAUGUUUUGGGGUUUCUGUGCCAUGCCAUAUUAUAUAGGGAUACUUCUAGGUCACUAUCUAAGGAGCUAUGUUUUGGGGUUUCCAUGCCAUAUUAUAUAGGGGUACUUCUAGGGCAUCAUCUAAGGAGCUAUGUUUUGGGGUUUCCAUGCCAUAUUACAUAGGGGUACCUCUAGGGCACCAUCUAAGGAGCUAUGUUUUGGGGUUUCUGUGCCAUGCCAUAUUAUAUAGAGGUACUUGUAGGUCACUAUCUAAGGAGCUAUGUUUUGGGGUUUCUGUGCCAUGCCAUAUUAUAUAGGGGUACUUCUAGGUCACUAUCUAAUGAGCUAUGUUUUGAGGUUUCUGUGCCAUGCCAUAUAUUAUAGGGGUACUUGUAAGUCACUAUCUAAGGAGCUAUGUUUUGGGGUUUCCAUGCCAUAUUAUAUAGGGGUACUUUUAGGUCACUAUCUAAGGAGCUAUGUUUUGGGGUUUCUGUGCCAUGCCAUAUUAUAUAGGGGUACUUGUAGGUCACUAUCUAAGGAGCUAUGUUUUGGGGUGUCAUGUCAUGCCAUAUUAUAUAGGGGUACUUGUAAGUCACUAUCUAAGGAGCUAUGUUUUGGGGUUUCUGUGCCAUGCCAUAUUAUAUAGGGGUACUUGUAGGUCACUAUCUAAGGAGCUAUGUUUUGGGGUGUCAUGUCAUGCCAUAUUACACAGAGGUACCUUUAGGUCACCAUCCAAAGAGCUAUGUUUUAGGGAAGAUUGGGUUAGCACAGGCAUAGAGUUGUCAUCGAUGAGUCCUUAGCCAGACAUGAAUACCCAUAGCCUUGUUGUAUACCUGGGUUUAGUAGUAGAUAUCUGAACCAUGUAUCAUUAAAGGGGAACUCCAGCCCUAAGA